AGCUCACGGAAGACAUGUCCAGGUGCAAGAACAGGAGCAAGUCCAAGCGUUUAAGGCCAAAAUCCUAGAGAUCAGCCUAACAGCCGACCCGUUCCAGACCGUUACGCAUCUCAUCUUCAUUAGCCCGUUCCAAGUGUAAUAAACGUUCUCUGUCCCCCGCUUAGCGUUUCUCAUACUGCUGAUAUCCCAUACGUCCAAAGGUCUCUUUCGUUCCCUGGCCCAGGUACCAACUCUGAGGUAUCAUCUGCCAAAGAUGUCGAUCAAUUGGGUAAUGCUCAAUGAGCGCAGAGGCUUUGUUCACCUGCCGAACGAACGAUUGCUAUACACCAGUCCCCCUCGAACAGGCUUCGCCUUACAACCACCCCCUUCAUACACUGGCAACGACAAGCUAUCACUACGAAGCAGUUCCGGUCAAAUCUUUCUCACAAACCAGCGGGUAAUCUAUAUUCCAGCCCAACGGGUAGAUGAACUAGAAUCAUUUUCAGCCCCUCUGCUCAAUCUGCAUGAUUCUCACGUUUCUUCACCCUUUUUCGGACCCAAUGUAUGGAAUGCCGUUGUUCAACCGGUACCUGGCGGCGGAAUUCCCCCGUCGCUGGUUGCGGUACAUUUGAAAGUGACUUUCAAAGAAGGGGGUGCGUUUGAUUUCCACAACCAGUUCGAGAGGAUUAAAGAACGACUCCAACAAGCCGUCGAAAUAUCCCGUGAAAGUGGCCGAGGCGCCGGAGAUAUCAACAUGGCCGGCGUUCAUCUAGAAGAACUGCCCGCUUAUUCUGGUCCCCAGAGCUACUCCACUGAGGACAACCAUAGUAACCGAGCGAUAUCUCGCCAAAAUACUUCAGAAACCAAUACCGAGCCUCAGGAGCCGCCCCCCGGUUAUGAAGAAGUACAGCAGCAGAGCGUCGCGAACGAGCUCGAGGAAAGAUUGCGCCGAGCGAGCUGAGACUAGAAGACAACAGCGCAACAAUGGAGGACCAGUCUGCUUGCCCCAAUCUGAGUAACAAUCUCUACUUUGCUUUUGAAACUUGUGGCCUUGCUGAGCGCAUUAGCGGCAAAACGAGCACGUGUCUGAUUUUACCAGCGAUUUUUCAAUGCAAACAGUACAGAUGAUAGAAAUGAUAAUCAUA